UCUACCUUUCCAUUGACCCUGCUGACAUGCUGCAAGCUAAAUAUUAAACAUUUUUUUUAUCAAUUGAAGUCCAGCCUGGGGAGAAGAGACAGUUAAAGAAAUGUCUCAAUUAUACUUGCAAUCAGCUAAUCAGACUUUGUGUGCAUCUGUGGAAUCAAGCUCUGAAAAUGAAAGCACGAAUGAAAAAUGGACCGAAGACUCCUUUCCAGGAUUAGAAAUAUUGUGCACAAUUUAUGUUACAUACGCUGUGAUCAUUUCAGUGGGUCUCCUUGGAAAUGCAAUACUCAUCAAAGUUUUUUUCAAGAUUAAAUCAAUGCAGACGGUUCCCAACAUCUUCAUCACCAGCCUGGCAUUCGGAGAUCUGCUGCUUUUACUAACGUGUGUGCCUAUAGAUGCAACACGUUACAUUGUGGAUACCUGGCUCUUCGGAAGAAUUGGGUGCAAGCUGCUGUCUUUUAUCCAGUUAACAUCAGUUGGAGUAUCAGUGUUUACCCUGACUGUUCUCAGUGCUGACAGGUACAGAGCCAUUGUUAAACCCUUGGAACUGCAGACUUCAGAUGCGCUCCUGAAGACCUGCUGUAAAGCGGGCUGUGUUUGGAUUGUCUCCAUGAUAUUUGCUAUCCCAGAGGCUGUUUUUUCAGAUUUGUAUUCUUUCAGCAAUCCUGAGAAAAAUAUAACUUUUGAGGCGUGUGCCCCCUAUCCUGUAUCUGAGAAGAUCCUGCAGGAAGCUCACUCCCUGGUUUGCUUCUUAGUGUUCUAUAUUGUGCCCUUAGCUGUCAUUUCUGUCUACUACUUUCUUAUCGCCAGAACUUUAUAUAAAAGUACAUCCAACAUGCCAGCAGAAGAACAUUCUCAUGCCCGUAAGCAGAUUGAAUCCCGCAAGAGAGUUGCAAAGACAGUGCUGGUGCUUGUGGCUCUUUUUGCCUUCUGCUGGUUGCCCAACCACAUCCUCUACCUGUACCGCUCUUUUACAUACCACACUUCUGUCAAUGCUUCCACCUUUCAUCUGAUAGCAACUAUUUUUUCCCGUGCCUUGGCCUUCAGCAAUUCCUGCGUCAACCCUUUUGCUCUUUAUUGGCUGAGUAAAAGUUUCCGGCAACAUUUUAAAAAGCAAGUCUCAUGCUGCAAGGCAGCAUUCUGUGCAAAGCCUCCCAGUGCUCCCCAGAGCAGUUCUCCUACCAGAGCCCUGUCAGUCACAGGCAGCAUGCGUGGCUCAGAAAUCAGUGUUACACUGCUAACAGAUUAUAGCAUCACGAAAGAAGAGGAAAGUGUUUAGUCCAUGUGGGAAGAAGAAGGACAGAAACUGAGUCAUUGCUAUCAAGUUCCUGCUACUGGUAUCCUGGAAAGAGGUGCCAUGGCUUGCCCUAUCUGUGAAAGUGUGUUCAUCAGCAGUUCCUCAUCUUUCAAAGUAUGGAAUAAAGAAAUCAAAUUGUGUGGGGGAAGAAGCUGCAACAGCUGAGCUUUCCAGCAUAAGCUCAAAGGGAUUACUCAUGUUUCCAGGAAUGAACACAGAUUCCUAGCUGGAAUUCUUGUACUGGCCAGGAAGGGACUUAGCAGAGUUGGUGCAAGAAUUGGCUGUAAGGAUAGUUUUGUUCUUGGUGACUUGCUUUUUGAGUCAUGACUGUGAGCUCCC